AGAAUGAAAACAUAGCAGCAAAACGUACAACGAGCUCAACACACAUUUCGCGAAAGCUGCGGUGUGCAAUACCUAAGUCCACAAAAUGAAACUAACGAUAAAAAUAUUGAAAGGAGAGGAAUACUCCGUUGAGAUCGCGGAAGAAUCAACAAUCCAACAGAUCAAGGAAGAAAUUGAGAAGAAAAGUUCGAUACCGGUUGAACAUCAGAAGCUGCUCCUCGUAGGGAAGGCACUAGCAGACGAAAAGACAGUCGCUUCCUACAGCAGUAUUGCCGACGGAACGAAAUUAACGCUGGUUGUUAAAAAACCGGACCCAUUGCGGGACGUUAUCUAUCGUCACUUCAAACGUUACCUACAGGAAGAGCAAUCCCAACGAUUGACCACGAAAUUUAUGGAUGAUUUUGAACAGAAGCUAACCCAACUCAGCUUGGAUGAUUUGGAAAAGAUUGCUACAGAAAUGUUAGCUAAAAAGGGACAAAAUGUCACCAGCGGUGAGAAUGCAUAACUUUAAGAACUGUGGCUGUGGACGUCGGAACAAGUAAUGUACGAUUUACGAAUUAAUAUUGUUUAAAUAUUAAAUAAAUCAUGUCACUGUGUCUGUGA